CCGGAAAGCCAUCGCUUCAACGCAAGUAGUAUUGGCGAGGCCAACUAUGAGCAAAUUCUUGGCCAAAUCAUGGCCAAUAUGGACGAUAUGUUUUUGGCUUUGAUGGGAUCCAUCAUACUACUGAUGCAGGCUGGCUUCGCAUUUCUAGAAGCAGGAUCAGUUCGGGCAAAAAACACGACAAAUAUCCUCAUCAAAAAUUUCGCAGACCUGUGCUUUGGAAGCUUGGCAUUCUGGCUCGUGGGCUUUGCCUUUGCCUUUGGAGAUGGCAAUAGCGUUAUUGGGUUGACGCAUUUCGCGGCCAUCAAUUUGCCCGAAUCUCGAUACACCUACAUGUUUUUUCAAUGUACAUUUGCCGCUACUUCCGCCACAAUCGUAUCUGGAGCCAUCGCUGAAAGAUGCCACUUUAAUGGAUAUAUCAUCUUCAGUUGUAUCAUCACCGGAAUCCUUUAUCCCAUAGCGACCCAUUGGUGUUGGGCAGAAGGUGGAUGGUUGGCAGAGCUUGGGUUUGUUGAUUUUGCAGGAAGUGGCGUGGUUCAUAUGUCUGGCGGAGUGUCCGCUUUAGUUGGCGCUUUUAUGCUUGGGCCACGGAUCGACAGAUUCAAGAACAAAACAUCGGAGUACAUCAACGGCCAUUCCACUCCUCUGGUCGCCCUGGGUGGAUUUAUUUUGGUAAUGGGUUUCAUGGCCUUCAACGCCGGAUCUCAGGGCUCGAUCAGUCAAUAUGGAGAUGGAGAAGUGGUCGGGAGAGCAGUCAUGUCGACAUUGAUCUCAUGUGGAACUGGAGGUGCCAUGGUGCUGUUCUUAUACAAGUUCCUCGGCGGCGGAACUUGGAGUUUAACCAAAAUUAUCAACGGUUGCCUCGCGGGGAUGGUUUCGGUGGCCGGUGGAUGCGAUGGCUACUAUCCUUGGUCUGCCUUCAUCGUAUCGGCUCUGUCUAGUCCUCUCCAUUUGACCAUCUCAAGGGUUAUGGUCAAAUUGAGAAUCGAUGAUCCAGUGGAUGCGGUUGCCGUUCAUUUUGGAUCUGGUUUCCUCGGACUGUUGGCCAGCCCAAUAUUCCGUAAUAAUGGCUUAAUAGCCACGGGAUCUCAAGAGUCUCUCAACAUGCUCUUGUGGAACACCUUGGGAGGACUGAUUCUGAUUGUGUUCUAUCUGGUUACGUCGGUGGUGCUUUUCUUGACUUUAGAUAAGAUAGGAAUUUUUCGGGUCGACGCACAAGACGAGAUCACUGGUUUGGAUGUUAUUAAACAUAGCGAGAAAGCGUACGACUACGGUCCACUUAAUCACAUCCUUAUGACCAAUCAAUCGAUUGGUAGGCAGGACAGUUUGGUUAACAAUGAGCACAAAUCUCACAGGCCCACACGGUUGGAGAGCACUUGCCUUGAAGAAAACCUCAUUCAUUCUUAUCACUUCUCAUCAGGCGAACCCGAUGGCGGUGGGGAAAAGAAGAAAAACCCGCCGAUAUCAGUUCUGGACCAUGGUCAAAUUACGCAAUCCAAGCCAAUGGAGGAGUGGUUCUCUGGAAAAGAACAUCCGCCGAUAAUGGCCAACGGGAAAAAAAUUUCUCCCGUUAUGAUAAAAGUCGCAUAAAACCAACACGUCAUCAUCAGGCUUUUGAGCUUAUGUAAAAUCCCCCUUCAUCUAAAGAAUAUGUUUUUGAAAAUUCCCCUGUU